UAUCCUGCACCGUAGAUAACCCGGAUGUAUAACUGCCGACCUCACCGGUGCAGCUCACAUUUCCACAGUUUAGUGUUUUUAAACUGUCCAGUUCUACACGUUUUUUCCUCCUGUCGUUCGAAAGUGAAGUUACAUUUGUCAUAGUAAGACGGCGAGAAAGAAUUAGCCACCAUGUUCCUCACCCUCACCCUGCUGCGGAAAGGCAUCUCUGGGAAACAGUGGAUCGGAAAGUAUCGGCGUCCACGAGAGAUCACAUGGCAGAUGAACCGCAAUACGCUGAAGCGUCUGGAGCGCGAGGCUGAGAACGAGUACUGGAUCAGCCGGCCGUACAUGACUCCAGAGCAGGAGUACUGCCACGCUGCAGAACGCAGGGCCCAGAACUGGCUCAAGAUCAAGGAGACCAAAUUUGCCAAUUUUCCCCAACACAAGCACAUGACGGAUCACCUGAGUCAUCUCAAAAUCAGCAAGACGUGGUCGAGUUAAUGUGAGCAGUGAACAUGCAAAGACUGUCCUAAUAACAGGACAAUAUAACAUACUCAUGUGUGCUGUUUUGGUAUUAUCCUAAAGCGGACUCUGUAUAUUAGCUGAAAAGCUACCAUGUAAAGUUGUCACCCAAGUCCAUGAUAGCCUAUUUAAACUUUGUUUUUCCCCAUAAACCAAAUCUGUAAACUGUC